AUGACUUCACACGUUUUCCACAGUUCAAUUGCCAAACCAAAGGCCAUCGCUAAGGAUGGUAAAGGUGUUUUUAUGACCAUUGAAAAAAAUGGUAAAGAGCAUAAGCAGGUCUUAGAUGCUAUUACAGGUGCAGCCGUUGGUUCAUUAGGCUGGGGUGAUCCAGAUGUGCACAAGAUUAUGGCUGACGCAGCGCUACACCACACUUACAGUUUCCCUGGAUACAUCGUUAAUGAAGCUGCAGAAGAAUUGGCUAGAUUUUACAUCGAUAAGACUCCUAAAGGUGUCUUUAGAUCGUGCCUAUGGACUUGCAGUGGUAGUGAAUCCAAUGAAAAUGCCCUUAAGAUUGUCAGACAAUACCAAUUAGAAAGGGGUAGACCAGAAAAACUAAAGAUCAUAUCAAGAGAAGGUGCCUAUCAUGGAUUUACAUUGGGUGCUAUGUCUAUCGGUGAUGGCCCUCGUGGUAUUCCCUUCAAGGACAUCAUGAUUGAUCAAGAGAAUGUCUGUCUAAAGAUGCCUAUGUUCUAUCCAUAUAGAAGAAUGAGAGAGGGUGAAACUGUUGAACAGUACGCUCAAAGAUUAUUGGAUUCUCUAGAGAAGAUGAUCAUCGAAAAUGAUCCAAACACUGUGUCCGUGGUUUGUGUGGAGACUAUGUCAGGUAGUUCUAUUGGAACUCCAGUUCCACCAAAGAACUAUUUGAAGGGUAUUCGUGAUAUCUGUAACAAAUACGAUUUGAUCUUUAUGGUAGAUGAAGUCAUGUGUGGUACUGGUCGUAUCAAUGACGGUAAACUAUGUUGCUGGGAGAAUUUCCUUGCUCCAGAAGAUGCUCCUGACAUUCAAACUGUUGGUAAAACUUUGGGUUCCGGUUAUGUCACUAUUGCAGGUGUUUUAGUGGGCCCAAAGAUUUAUGAUGCCUUUGAAAAGGGUUCAGGUGUUGUUGUUGGUGCUCAAACUUACCACUCCCAUGAGUUCAACUGUAGAGUUGCUCUACAAAUUCAGCAAAAGAUCUUUGCACAAGGUCUAACUUCCAACGUCUUCAAAAUGGGCAAUCUCAUGGGUGCAAAAUUGCAAAAGGCACUCUUAUCUGAUUCUAGCAACAUCGUUGGUGAUGUACGUGGAUUGGGUGGAUUUUGGACUAUAGAAUUAGUCAAAAAUAAAUCUACAAAGGAGCCAUUUGAUCAAUCUUUGCACAUUGGUUCUCGUUUUGCAGAUUUAGCUCUUAACAAUGGUGCUAACGUUAUGGGUCUUACCGGUGGUAACACUAAGGGUGAGCAUUGGGAUAUCGUCGUUUUAGGACCUGCAUUCAUCAUUAGUGAACAAGAAGUCGAACUACUAUGCUCUAAAUUGGAACAAACCGUCAAAGAUCUCACAAAGACUCUACAAGACGAAGGAUUGAGGUGA